AUGCACUUUCCUUUAUUUAUUCAAGAAUUACAAAGAGAAUUUGUACAAGAUGAUCCAAUUCUCAAAGUAACGCUUAAUUAUGGAUAAUAUGAAGCAUACACAUAAAAAAAUGGAAUCUUUGCAUUUUACAAUAUUCCAAAUGGUAGAUACUUCUUAGAGAUUCAUUCUAAAUAUUUUGUUUAUGAAUCAGCAUUUAUUGAUGUAUAUACAAACAAUAAAGGUACAAAUGUUUCUGUAUCUAAAAUUCACCCAAUAUCAAGAUAAAAACCUUAAUAACAAUAAUAAACUAAAUAAUAGAGAAUUCAAACAAGGGAUUCAAUGCUAUUUGAGAUCAUUUAAAGAAAAGAUUACUUUGAAAAAGAGGAUGAGUUGAGCUUAUCAUAAAUCUAUCAAAAUUAGUAUUUCUUCAUGAUUGCAAUAACUGUUGCUAUGUUAUUCUUUGUUAAAAAAAUGCCAAUAGAGGAAUUACAAUCAGCAGAAAGAGCUCCGUAAUAAUAGUGAUUAUUAAUAUUGUAUAUAUAUUUAAUACGAUGGAUAAAUAAAUAAUAAAA